GUUUAUGUGUUUUUUAGUUACGAGGUACCCUUGAACGCAUCAAUAUUGUUGUUCCCAUGUCUGCUGCCUGAAUGCAACGAGUAUUGGAGAGUUAUUUGAUUUUUUUAAAUGAGUUCUGACAGCAUUUAUUUUGAUAUAGGGACACCACAUUUACUUGGACGUAGUCUAAAAGUUGGACCUGUUAAACACAUUUCUGAAAUCGUAAUGAGCCGGUGUUUCAGCGUUAAAACUGGAAGAUGACAGCUAGCUGAAGGAGCUAAUCAACAGUGGAGGCAUACAGUAGAUUGUAAUUUAUAGCUGAAAGGGAUUGGUGAAGGUUUUUUUUUUCAGGGUUUUUGCUAAAUUUACGGAGGGAAAGUUGCCCCGGCAAGCAGGUCUGUGAUGGGCAUGUCAAACCGUAUAGAGUGUAUCUUUUUCAGUGAGUUUCACCCCACCCUGGGUCCAAAAAUAACAUAUCAGGUCCCAGAAGAAUACAUUUCACGGGAGCUCUUUGACACAGUUCAAGUUUAUAUCAUCACCAAGCCAGAGCUGCAAAACAAGCUAAUAACAGUCACUGCCAUGGGGAAGAAGUUGAUUGGGUGUCCUGUGUGUAUCGAACAUAAGAAGUACAGCAGAAAUGCCCUCCUGUUUAACCUUGGCCUGGUGUGUGAUGCCCAGACCAACACGUGUGCUCUUGAGCCGAUUGUGAAGAAGCUGUCUGGAUACCUCACCACUCUGGAGCUGGAGAGCGGCUUCAUAUCCAAUGAGGAGAGCAAGCAAAAACUGAUGCCUAUUAUGUCUACCUUGUUAGAAGAUCUUAAUGCCACAGGAGCCUGCACCCUGCCUAUAGAUGAAUCAAAUACCAUCCACUUAAAGCUGAUCCAGCUCAGAAAGGACCCCCCGAUAGUACAGGAGUAUGACGUACCUGUCUUCACACAGUGCAAAGAACAUUUCACCAAGUCUCAGUGGGAUCUUACAACUCAGCAGAUCCUGCCCUAUAUCGAUGGAUUCAGACACAUUCAAAAGAUCUCUGCUGAAGCAGAUGUUGAGCUCAAUCUUGUUCGCAUUGCAGUGCAGAAUCUACUGUACUACGAGAUUGUGACUUUGGUGUCGAUAUACCAGUAUUCAAAUGUAUACUGCACUACCCCCAAAGUCCAGAACCUCAUAGACGACAAGUCUAUCCAGGAAGAGUGCCUCAGUUAUGUCACUAAGCAGGGUCAGAAGCGUGCCAGUCUUAGGGAUGUGUUCCAGCUGUACUGCGGUCUGAGUCCAGGAACCACAGUCCGAGACCUUUGUGCCCGCUACUCUCAGCAACUACAGAGGGUUGAUGAGAGGAGGCUGAUCCAAUUUGGACUGAUGAAGAGUCUGAUUCGACGGCUGCAGAAAUAUCCUGUGAAAGUGAUCCGAGAUGAGCGUAGUAGGCCGCCCAGACUGUACACCGGCUGUCACAGUUAUGACGAGAUCUGCUGUAAAACAGGGAUGAGUUACGCGGAGCUGGAUGAACGUUUGGAAAAUGAUCCUAACAUAGUGGUGUGCUGGAAGUGACAUGACAUGAACUGAGCAAUCAGACUGAAAAAAAACAGAGAUGCCUCAACCAAAGAUGCCUUCACAAUGAAGUAUAACACUGGAAACAGAAGCAGUAUUUUCUAAUUUUUCUGUUAGAUUUUUUGAAAAUCUCCUCCUCAUUAUGACAUUUCUCUUUAGGUCAAGUGAGGGAGUUGAAGUUUAGUAAUAUUGUACAAAGGAAAUUUAAUUAAUAAAAGAGAUUAUACAACAUGG